AUGGAUUUGAAUGGGGAACAUUGGUUCUUUUUUGGUCGUGUCACUGCAGGGAAUGAACACGCUUUGAUUUUCAUCAAUGUUGGAGCGUUGCCGGCGUUAGUGGAAGCUUGGUCUGCCCAUAUGGAUGCAACCUUCCACAGCACACCAAGAGGGUAUUAUCAGUUGGCAAGUGUUCAUGGCAAAACCCACGGAAUUUCUAUUCAAGUUGCCACGUUCUUGAUGACCGCGAAGACGCAAGCUCUUUACGAAGUAUGCCUGGCACGCCUAAAGGAAAUAUGCCUGCAACAAACAGGGAGAGUACCAGCUCCGGAGUUGGUAGUCGGCGAUUAUGAGCUGGCCCUACUACAAGCCAUGUCGAGAGCUUUCCUUGGCGCUAGAUCCCGCGGCUGUCACUACCACAGCGGAAACGCUAUUUACCAAUAUGCAGCCAGAAUUGGUUUGACUGCCGCCUACCGAGAAAAUGAAGCUGUAAGAAGAUUGAUCAAGAUGUCCAUCGCGCUCGCGCUUUUGCCGGCACUUCUUGUGUGGGACGGCUUUGAGGUUAUCCAACAAUGUUUGGAAGAGUUACCGGAUAAUGUUGGACCUCAGACGAGGGUCCAACUAAGACAAUUUCUUUCCUACGUCAGGAGCUUUUGGCUGGAGAGGAUCGGACCCGAACGAUUUUGCGUUUACAAAGAUGCAAACCGCACCAACAACCUAUUGGAAGCGCAACACCGGCUAUUCAACGCCAUCGUCGGUUUAGCUCACUCUGCUCCCUGGCUGUUCCUAGAAAAACUGCAGGAAUUCGGAAUGCUGGCUGUAUACGAUUUUCUUGCUGUAAGCGCUGGAAGACCAGUUAGGGCUACCAUGCGCCGACAGCAAGUAGUUCGUAACAGGAACCUCAGGCGGUUGCUCAACAACCUCGACGAAGACCGGAUUACCAUUAGAGAAUUCUUGAUCUCCGCCGGAAAUGAAUUUGAAUUCUAUGAUGGCAAUAAUGGUGGCAACAAUGCUGGGGAAUUCGAAGAUUAUUACCUUCCAAUGGAGGAAGCCAGAGCUGCCUUUGAAGUGCUCCUGUUCGUUGGAGUGUUGCCCGGCGAACAUGACGACGAAGGAGAAAAUGAUGAUGGUGUAGUAGCCCCCGAAAAUGAUCCUGCUGGGAAUCCUCCUGACGAAGACGUUGUUGAGAAUCCUUUUGACGCAGCCGCUGCUGAAAAUCCUGUUGACGCAGCCGUUGCUGAGAAUCCUGUUGACGCAGCCGCUGCUGAAAAUCCUGUUGACGCAGCCGCUGCUGAGAAUCCUGUUGACGCAGCCGCUGCUGAGAAUCGUCUUGAUGCAGCCGCUGCGUUAAAUGAGCCUGCUGAAGCCGCCGUUCGUGGUCGUGGCCAAAGAGCUGGGCGUGGACAACGAGCAGGCCGCGGUGGCGUAGGACCAGGCCUUGGCGGCGUAGGAGCAGUCCGUGGCGACGAAGAACCAGCAGACCGUGGAGAAGAUCUGCCUCCUGUUCGUGGUCGUGGCCAAAGAGCUGGGCGUGGCCAGCGAGCAGUCCGCGGUGGCGUAGGAGCAGGCCGUGGCCGAGUAGGAGCAGUCCCAGGCCGUGGUGGCGUAGGAGCAGGCCAUGGCGACGAAGAACCAGGCCGUGAAGAAUAUCUGCCUCCUGUUCGUGGUCGAGGCCAAAGAGCUGGGCGUGGCCAACGAGCAGGCCGUGGUGGCGUAGGAGCAGGCCGUGGUGGCGUAGGAGCAGGCCGUGGCGACGAAGAACCAGGCCGUGGAGAAGAUCUGCCUCCUGCCGGUAACUUAGUGGACCUAGAUUGGGAAAUCCCAGACGAUCCCGAAUGGGCACGGAGACUGCAGGACAUCUUUGACCGCCAGAAUGCACAGCACCUGCAAAGAAGGGAUGAUGUUAUGGAAAGACUACAACAAGUUCGUCUAAGAAGACAACAAGAGAAGGAAAUUUUAUUUGAAGAAGAAGUAGCUAUGAUGGAAGUUGAAGAAGAAAUUCCAUUCUUAGCUUAUGACCCGGCCGCAAUUCGCGAGAUAAACAACGAAGUUGCUGAUGGCACUUGCACAGUCUGUUUAGACAAUCAAGCGGAUCAUUCGCUUCGUCCAUGCCAGCACAUUUUUUGUUUAAAUUGUAUUGAUACCUUACGUGCGAGACUUUGCCCGUUAUGUCGGGCGCCGAUUGCUGAUGUUGUAACUGUCGAUCCUCGAGCAGUGGUGGCUGCCAACGCCUUGCUGGCGAUAAACCAACCACCCAAUUAG